CAAUCAGAGAUAAUACCAAGUAAGAGCGCCUUCAAUUCAUGGCUAAACAGCACAAAACUAACCCACUCCUAAUUUGCAUCAUUUUAUUCCAUGCAUGGCUGCUCGCCGGAGCUCAGCCAAAACCCUGCGCUUUUAUAUUUGGCGAUUCCCUGAUAGACGUCGGGACUAACAAUUACCUUCCCGGCGCUCUCGCCACGGCUAACCAACCCUGGUACGGCGUCGAUUUCCCUAACAACACUGCAACCGGAAGGUUCAGCAAUGCUUAUAACCUUGCUGAUUUCAUCGUGAAUUUGACGGGUAUUGGUACUAAAAGUCCUCCACCUUUCCUCAAAUUAGUCCGAAAUCAGGCGGACUUCCGGACCAAAAUUCAGCAGGGUGUGAGCUUUGCCUCGGGUGGCGCUGGAAUUUUGAACGACACGGGAUUCAAAUCAUUUAUCCGCGUUAUUCCACUCGGCCAACAAUUUCAACAAUUCCAAACUGUUAGCCGCAACCUCACACAGGCAUUAGGUGCCGCUAAAGCUGCGGCUCUGAUCAACACAUCACUAUACCUCAUAAGCAUCGGAAGCAAUGAUCUCACCGAAUACUUUAAGUUCCCUUCGCCCAAUACAUCCGCACACCAAUUCAUUCAAAAACUCAUGGCUGCUUAUGCCAAAAGAUUAAAGAGCUUAUAUGAUGCGGGGGCAAGAAAGUUUGGUAUAAUCGGCAUACCACCCAUCGGAAGCUGGCCUAUGAGUCGCAGCAUGAAUGGGGGAGUCUGUAAUGAAACAAUGAAUGAAGCAGCUCGAAGUUUCCAAGCAUCCACUCUCACCCUUCUCCAAAACUUUAGCUCAACAAAUCCUGGUGUGCAUUACUCGCUUGGAGAUUUUUACGGUAUAACCAUGUCUGCUAUCAAUAACCCUAGUGCACACGGUUUUAAGAAUGUUGAAGAUGCAUGUUGUGGAGUGGGACCUAACAACGGAUUAAUGCUAUGCCGCAAGCCAUUAUCUAACCUAUGCACCAGGCGUGAUGAAUAUUUAUAUUUCGAUUUCGUUCAUCCAACCCAAAAGGCUGCAAAGAUAGCAGCGCAGUUUCUGGUCAACACAGGGAACAACUUUGCUAAACCCAUUCAUUUUGGGGAAUUGGUUAAAAUGUAACUCUAAAAUUGUUUAAUUUCUGGAAUAAUGUAUGUUAUGUAUAUGUCCAACGUUAAAAAAUUCCGAUUCGGACAUAAUAUUUAUCUACUCAAGACUCAAGAGU